CUUCACUCACUGACACUCAGUAAUGCAGAUACACCCGGAGUAAACACAACCCGGCUAACAUGAUUGAUUUUUACAGGCUGGGUUCAAACCCAGCCAAAACCAGUUCAAGCCACCUCAGUUAAAUUAUUAUUAUUUAUAAAUAACUAUUGAUAAACAGGGAAUAGUACGUGAGUGUGACAAUGUCGAGCACGGAGUGCAGAAAGUUCGCGCCGAACAUCUUCAACAAGAGCAAGUGCUCAAACUGUUUCCGCCUCAAGGAGGAUCACUCCGCCUCCGCCAUAGAGCUGAACAAGGCGAGCCGGAAGAUAUCCAAGUGUGGAUAUUUGUUUGUUGCUCCUGACUGGGAUUUCUCUAACCCUAUCAACAGGACGAAGAGAUGGCAGAGACGAUGGUUUGUCCUCUACGACGACGGGGAGUUGACCUACAGUGUGGACGAUCAUCCAGAGACGAUUCCACAGGCGUGCAUCGAUAUGAACAAGGUGAUGGAGGUGGCGAGGGCAGAUGAGAUAACCGGAAACCCCUUCAGUGUUGCCAUCACGGCCCCGGAGCGAGUUCAUUUUGUGAAGGGAACCUGUAAAGAGGAAUCCAAUUGGUGGCUCGAGGUUCUCCAGAUAUUUCCGAGGUCUUCCAUUAAAACUGGAAGAGCUAAGAGAAAUGCAACCUUCCCGGGCGGAGUAGCAACCACCUACCGAGCCCAGUACUCCGGCUCCACCCUGCAAACCCCUCCGGUCAAAUGUGAUACUGAGAAGGACCCGGAGGAGAUCCCGGAUACAACAGAUGGACCCGGAGUAACGGAACCAAUCCUCCUGGAGCCACCAAUCCUGGUUGUAGACCAGGUGGCCCCAGCUUCUAGCAGGAUAAAUACAAGUUUACCUUUGCUUGAACCCUCCUCUCCGAUCCUACCCAGCGCAGGACGGUUUAAGAAGAUUAAAGCGAAACCUGGUGAGGGAACCAGGGCGUACAGGUCUCUCAGAAGUAAUACUUGCGAGAACCUGAGCGCAAUACCCCAGGAUUAUGGGCGGAGCAAGCUCUACCGCUACCAGACCGAGAGUCCGGAGCGAGAGAACCCGGAGAUCAAACCUGAAUCCCCGAAACCAACCGCGUGCAGUACUCCGAUCCUACGGAUAGAGCAGGACGAGACUAAACCCGAACCAAUUGAACUGGAGAUAAAAAGUCCUAGCCUUGACGUUUCUCCGUCCUGGCCAAGAACUGAGGGGUCGGAAAUCUCAAGUUCCCGGCAGCAAAAACACUCUCUACCAACUGAACUUCCAGUUCGAGGGGUCCCGGACGGUUGUGGAUUAGAAAUAUCCUCUCUCCACUCUCCAGUCCCAAUCCCUUCUCCACAUGAGCUGUUGAACCUGAAGAAGGGUUGGCUCAUGAAGCAGGGAAUGACGAAGGAUUGGCAGAAACACUGGUUUGUACUCCAGGGUUCAGCUAUCAUGUAUUUUAAGGACCCGGAGUCGGAGAAUAAUGGACUUAUGGAUGGAAUUAUCGAUCUAGGGCUAGUUCAGAAGGUGGAAGAGCGGGAUGUGCAGAGAAACUAUGGUUUUGUUAUCUCUACCCUAGACGAUAGAGAUUACAUCCUCUCAGCAGUUACUCAUGGUAUACGGAACAACUGGAUAAACGCCCUCAAGACUGCGUCCAAUCUUAACACGCUCCCGGAGUCGGAUACGCCCAAGGUUCUGCGACGUGAUAUCCUCGAGACAGAUAUAAAAAUAUCUCGGAGAAAUACAGCGGAUAGUAUUUCUUUAUCCACCCCUCCUCCGUCCGAGGGGACGGGACGGAUUAAACCCGAACAUGGUGCUCCGAUAUCUCCUCCGUUAAAUCGAACCCCGACCUCGAGGUUGAAGAAAGAGAAAAGCAGGACGGGACGAACCAUGUCUUUGAAGAACAUGCACUCCAUGAGCCCUAUCUCCAGUAGCUCGGCUGAUAAGGAAAAUAGAAACAUGUUAAGUGACGAAGAUCUAAAAAUGAUCCCGGAACGAGAUAUUUCAAAUAUUAAACCGACCGAGGACCUGCAGGGUUUGAGGGACUCUCCCAUUCUUGGCAACUCUAUCUCUAAAAACCUGGAAUCUGCCCAGACAGAUUUCUUUUUGAAGGAUCCUACCAAUCAGAGCAAUGUCGAACCUGAAUCUGAAUCUAGAAAUAUUCAACCAGCCCUGCGGGAUACAAACCUACUCCUGGCCCGCCAAACCAUAGAGAUCAAUAACUUACGAACCAAGUUGGACAAUAUGAACGCUGACAUGGACGCAACCUUGAAGAACCUGAACACAGAGCAGGUUCGGAACACGGAGCUAGGAAAGAAGGUUCAGGAUUUGGAACAGGAAAACUCUUUGCUGCAAAUCAAGUCAACAAAUGCGGAGAAGUCUCUUCGAGAACAAUCUAAAGAGAUUACAAGUUUAAACGAGAAGGUUCGAGAGUUCAGUGAUCUGAGUAGUCAAUACAAAGCUCAGGUCGCGGAGAAUAAAACCCUAAGACAGAAGAUGGAAAAGAUAGAACGGAUUAACUCCGGACCAAAUUGGAAAACCUUAUAUGACAGCCUUCAAACUCAGCACCAGAAGGAGCGUGUUCUCUGGGGGAACAAGUUGAAGGAGAUGGAGCACGAGCUGCAAAACCUGGUGGAGACAAACAGUGAGGCUGAGCAGAAGGGUCAUCUUAUCUCUGACCUGUCCCAUCAGCUGCAAGAGAGUGAAACCAGGAUAAAUCAACUAGUAUGUCAAAAUGAUACUCUUAUGAGAGAAAACAAAACCUUGGCGAAAGAAUAUGAAAAUGAGAUCCACAGAAUGAAGGAGAAUAUAAAGGAACUUGAGGAAUAUAUUGAUAAAACAGAUGUAGACAAGUGCAAAGAGGAGAAGAAUAAAGAUGCUGAAAUAGUUCGACUCCGACAAGAGAUAUCGGAGAGAAGUAAGGUUGAACUGGAAAAGGCUGAACUUGAAAGUGAACUUGCAAGAACCAGAGGUGAGGUUGAGAUCCUAACCACUAAACUGAUCGGAUUCAACGAAGCGACUGAGAAAGAUGCAGAACGAAGUCGAAGUUUGUGCUCCUCCAGAGACAACCUUAAUAAGAAACAGUUGCGGAUGGUUCGAAUGGAUUCUCUUACAGAGCUGAUGGCUCCUCUAAGCGACGUGAGCCAGAUCUCGAACAUGGAGCACGAUAAACUCGUGAUUUGCUACAAUGAUGUUGUAAAUAGAUUCAACAAAGCUAUAUCUGAAAUCAAGGCUCUUAAGGCCAGUGUGAAGCAAGCCCAGAGUAACACAGAUGCCGCGGAAAUUAAAAACCUCCAAAUUAGCCAGAACCUGAAAAAUAAAGAAAUCCAGUAUGGCGAAGAAAUGAAGAUGUUAAGUAACAAAAUCGAGGAUUUAACCUCAAAAUAUCUCUCCUCGGAGCGACAAGUAAGAAAUCUAAAACUUAAGCUGAAAGGACCGGAAGGAAAGGAAAGACGACGAUCGUCUACCGGGGUACGUCCGGACGAAUUGAUCGUCCACCGUGAAGCUGAAUAUCUAUUGGACGAUAUUGAAUUAAGUUUGAACUGUAUAGAUGGAUUUAUGAAAGGCAAAGAGAUAAUCAGAGACAAUAAGAAGAAAAGUUAUGAAACAUCUACAAAAGCUUCCAGAGCAAGACGGAGAAGUUGUGAAAAUAUGGAAAUAUCGUUCGUCGAGCGGUUAAAACGAACUGAAAAGACUCUGACAGAAGUUAACAGAAGAUUAUCCACGCAUGGAGACAACAGUCAUCUAUACCUGGAGAACCUGAGGAAGCAGAUGAUCUCCAUUAUCUCCAGGACCAGGGAGGAGAUGGAGGAUGAUAACUCUCUCCCAGUUGAGCUCAAGGAUCUCCUCAAUACCCUGGAGUCCGUGAUCACUGGAUCUGAGCUCCCGGGUAUAUACGGAGAUGAACCAGGAUUUCCAAACUCUGAUUCUAUUUCUAGUCACUUCGACACCGUGAUGUCCUUCCUAUAUCGUAGUGUUGAGGACGCAUACGAGUUGAGAAAAGAGUUCUCUGGAACUGAAAUAGCAGGAACCAAGAUUUCUUCGUUCUUUGAUAUCGGAGCAGGGUUCAGUAAUGGUGCUGAGGUGGCACAGAUUAUUAAGACACAGGAAACAAGUCUUCAGGCUUAUCUUCUUAUGGAUCUUCAGCAGCAAAUAUCAACCAUUCAAACCAGAGUUUUUGCAGGCAAUAGGGAACAGACCCUGAAAGACUACAAUGAUGUUACAAAAAGUCUUCUCCUAAAGGUCCUGGAAUCCAAACAGUUUGUUCCAUUGUCAUCCUACACGUGCAAGAAACUGAAAGCUCUGUCAUCCGUUUCAUUGAGUUCCGACGCUUUGACUGCCAUGUUUAGAAGAUUAAAACGUGAAGCGCAGGUAUUGUUCUCCAGGAUAGGUGCAGCCACCAACCAGCUCCUUUAUAGUUUCCUGGAUUCAAUAUCAUCCCAGGCUAUAGAGAAGGAUAUUAUCCUAGACGGGAUUAGGAGCGAGGUGUACAAUAUGAUUGAGGAAGACGAACGCAUGAGAGAGUUUCAAACUAGUUUGGUUAAUAUCUAUCUAAUCUGUUCGGACACGGAGUCGGAUAACAACCCGGAGCGGGUUAAUCUUAUGGCUAACCGAGAAGAGGCACUGCAGUCACAAACCGAAGUGACUAGAAUACUCAUAGAUCAAGAAAUACAGGAUUUCUCCGCUGCUCUGCAUCAUAAGAUUGAGGAAGGGGAUACCGGAGUUGACAGUCUAGUGCCCAGUGAUGCAGAGGAUUUGAACACGUGCAUGUUUAAGGUUGCAAGCAUGAUUGCGCAAAAAUGUGUGACCGAAGCUCAGAUAACAAUACUGAAUACAAUCCUAGGACUGGAGGAGAAGGAUGAAGGAGACAUGUCUGAAGACGGGGAACCGGAGUCCUUGGAAGAUUUUGCACUGUUUGAUCCGAUGAGCAUGAAUAAAGAAUGUAACGAGUUUAUGCUGGUUCUCAACACAUAUCGUCAGACUCAGAGUAGACCUAGAGGAGCCAAGCCCAGGCUUAGUCUCACCGGACAGUCUGGAAACACACUCGAGUCAAACCUUAGAUCUAUCAGGAGAGAAAACGAAAACAAGAAGGCAAGGUUGAGCGCUGCGCUCUCGGAAAAGAAAACAGAAUCCAGUCAGGAUGAUAAAUAUCAGGACUUGAGGGUUUGGUGUGAAAAGUCGAUGACGGCCAUGGAGAAAUCUUACGAGAACCUUCUUGGUGAUUUACAGCAGCAGCAUCUUAAAGAGAAGGAUUCGUUAAAGAAAGAGAAAGAACAAGCACUAGCAGAGGAAACAAAAGCAACUCUCUCCGCCCUUGACGCUAUGCGUAAAGCUCAUGAAUCUGAGGUACAGAAAGAGGUUGAGAAGUUUAAAAAAGAAUUUCUCUCCGAGCUCCGAAAUAAGGAAUGUAUCGGAGCUCUACAGUCUGAGUAUCAGGAGGACCGGGACGAAAUUAAACGUGAGAUCCUCUCGGUUACCGGAGGAGACGGUUGGCAGGACGAGGAGACCAGAGCACCAAGAUUAACAAGAUCUCCGAGCUGUCCCAGACUCUACUCAACCCGAUCCUUCUCUACUCCUAAACCUUGUGAGAGCGAGGAACCAUUAAAAUCUCCUCUAACAGGAAUGGUGGCGAACAGAAAACGAGUUUUUGAAACUGAAUAUUGAUUAACUCUACUCAGGGUGCAAUAGAUACUAUAACAAUAAGAUUUAUAUGUAAACAUUGAUGAAGACGAAAAAAGAAAACCGUGGGAGGGGGGGGGGAGGUAUUUAUUAUGUAAAUGUAUGUAAAAUAUCCUGAAAUUUACAGAGUAUUUUAUUCUAUAAUCCCACGGGAAAAUAUUCAUUUUCAUUGAAUGUGACAUUUUCAUACAUUUUAUAUGAAGAAACCUGAAAAGAGAGAACUUACUUUUAACAAAAAGUAGAAUAUUUCUCCCUCUUUAAUUCCAAAUACACUCGGUUUAAGAUAAUAUUUGGUUUUAGGGGAGCGUUCAUGUAAAUUCCAAAAAGGGUAAAGUAAAGUAAAGUGAAUUAUGAUUUAUUUUUGUUCAUACCCUCUUUCACUUUCGCGAAUUCUCCCUUUACAAAAAAAAACUUAAGGAAUGUGAUAUAUUAAUGGUUGAAAACUUAAAUAUAGAUUUUAAAGAUGUAAA